ACAGCCUCAGGUCUGCAGCAGGACUUCAGACUCUGGUCCACGAUGAACAGAAGAACUCAGCAGGAAAUGGAGGAAAUUGAAGAACAAGAAGAUGACUAUGUUAAUGCCUCAAGAGGCACUGUGGAUAAAAAGAGAACCCGUCCAGGCCAGAGGUUUUUUCUUCUGAUAGCAGUGUGUUGGCUCAUACUGUUAGCCAUCAUGGGUCUCCGUAUCUACUUGACCUCUGGACUUUCUGAAGACAACGCCAAGCAGACUGCAGAAAUCCUGAACCUGACAUCACGAAACCAGGAGCUGGAGACACGGGAGAACAACUUGAAACAGCAAAUACAAGACAUGACAACAACCUGGAAAGAGCUCAACAUCAGUGGAGCUCAGUGGAGCAUCGAUUCCUACUGCUUAGGAAACACCGAUGAUAAGUGUCAACCUUGUCAGAAGGGCUGGGGACUCACUGGUCUCAGCUGCUAUGAGACCAAUGACCCUCCUUCUUCUAAUCCAAAAACCUGGGAAGAAGCUCGAGAAGACUGCAAAGGAAAGAAUUCAGAUUUGGCUGUUGCACAUAAUCCUGCUGAAAAGGCAGCAAUCUAUAGGUACAGUUUAGGAUUCAAUGGAUUCUGGAUUGGUCUGAGAGUUGAAGAUGGGAAAUGGAAGUGGGUGGAUGGAAGUGAUCUGACUGAUAGCUCCUGGAUAGAUCCUCCUGUUGACGGUCGCUGUGCAGUGUUUUACAGGUUCAAAGACAAAUGGUCAUCAGAGAGCUGUGAUGAGAAACAACAAUGGUUGUGCAAGAAGAAGGCUCUGUCUGUUUAAAGAAAGCAGUCAUACUAAGAAGGUUUCUGGAAACUCUUUGAGAAAAAGAUGAAUUACUUGUGAAUAAAAACAAUUUCCAAACAAAAAAUAAAACAGAAAAAGUAUAAAAAACAGUAAUUCCAGAAACGUUUCACAAACUCGAUACAAACAAUAAAACACAAAAGUUAACUCGUAAUGUGGAUUAUUUUAAAAUCGAUGUACUUUUAGUUUGAUUUAAUUUCUGUAGGCUGGCAAAAUGAAUGCAAAUAUUUCUUUCUUUAACAUUUGUAUGGUGUUUUUAUUAGAUAUGGAUGGUUAAAAUAGUUAUACUGUUUUGUGUGAAUAAUGUUAUUCUAUUGUGUUAGAGAUGCAACGCUUAAACUCUGCAGAUUAUUGCAAAGAUUAUGGACCAUUUUAUUUGAUUGCUUCUACCGGCCAACAGAGGGCGCUGCAUCACUUGUUCUCAAUACAAUGUUCCAGAGUCUGUUAAAAAACUAUUUUUCAAGAUUCAAGAAUCAAAGGUUUAUUGUCAUGACAUUUAGAAACUACGGUGUAAUUAUGUAAUGUUUGAAAAAAUGUGAUCGCAGGUUCCUUAACAGUGCAAUUAACAAGACAUAAGAAAUACAUAUAAAAAAGAACAAUACAAAAAUAAAUAGUGCAAGCUCAGGUGUUUAAUAGUCUAAUGGCCAGUGGGAUGAAACUGUCCCUGAUACUAUUCUGAUGACGCACACUUUAUGGAUGAUUUUUAUCUAUCUGUAUUUUUGUCUAUGAGCAAUGUCUUGUUUUACUCUGUUGUCACCAGUGAAUAAAUGUGCU